GUUCUCUCCAGCGCUCCUUUGGAUGAGACCCCCCUCUUCUUUUGAGGGGGGCAUACGUGGUCGUCUUCGGUUAGGGGCUGCCCUGCUGACAGCCGCAGGUGUUAGAAGAUGGCCAACCCCGCAGGGCUGUACUGGGAGAUCACCUGGUUCACGGUUGCGAUCAUCUGUACCCGUCUCCAGACCACAGCAGAGCAAUCCCAAGGUGCCUACUUCUUGCCUGAGUUUGCACUUUCUCCGCAAGGAAGUUUCUUGGAAGACACCACAGGAGAACAGUUUCUGACCUACCGCUACGACGACCAGACCUCAAGAAUUACCCAGUCUGAGGAAGAUAAAGAAGGUGGCUGGGAUGCCUGGGGCGCCUGGAGCGUGAAAGUUGAUUAUUACCACACAGGACUGUUGCAGUGCCCCAGAGGCCAAGCUGAAUCCAUUGCAUUCAAACCUUGUCUUUUUUCCAGGAACUGUGAAGGCAGGAACAUCCGAUAUAAAAGCUGCAGCACUAACGAUUGUCCUUCAGAAGCUGGAGACUUUCGAGCUCAGCAAUGUUCAGCCUAUAACGACGUCAAGUACCAAGGACAUUUCUAUGAAUGGGUUCCUGUUUAUGGUGAUUCCGGCUCGCCGUGUGCAUUGAAAUGCCAAGCCUUAGGAAAGCCCUUGACGGUGGAGCUGGCCCCCAAAGUCCUGGAUGGCACUCGCUGUAACGCCAAAUCAUUGGACAUGUGCAUCAGUGGUGUAUGUCAGGCCGUCGGCUGUGAUCGGCAGCUCGGGAGUCAGGCCAAAGAGGACAAUUGCGGUGUCUGUGCUGGAGAUGGUUCGACUUGCAGGCUCGUGAGGGGGCAAGUGAAGGUGCAUCUGUCAACAGAAAAAAGGGAGGAAACUGUGAUCGCGGUACCAUAUGGGAGUCGCAGCGCAAGAAUUACCAUGAAGGGACCAGCACACCUUGUGAUUGAAUCAAAGACAUUGCAAGGAGACAGCGGAGAACACAGCUUCGAGGCCCCAGGGACGUUUGUUGUUGAAAACACAACUGUUGAAUUUCAGAAGAGUUCGGACAGAGAAAUUGUAAAAAUCCAAGGUCCCCUCGGAGCUGAUUUCAUUAUCAAAGCCAGGUUCGCUGCCCCAAAAGACAGUGUGGUUCAGUUCUUCUUCUAUCAACCCAUCAGUCACCAGUGGAGACAGACGGACUUCUUCCCUUGCACCGUGACGUGCGGAGGAGGCUAUCAGCUCAACUCUGCCGAGUGUGUGGAUGUCCGUUCCAAGCGUGUUGUUCCGGAUCAGUACUGCCAUUACUACCCUGAAAAUAAGAAACCAAAACCCAAGCUAAAGGAGUGUAACAUGGAUCCCUGCCCAUCGAGCGAUGGAUUUAAAGAAAUCAUGCCAUACGAUCACUUCCAGCCACUCCCCCGCUGGGAACACAACCCUUGGACUGCGUGUUCAGUUUCUUGUGGAGGUGGAAUUCAGAGGCGAAGUUUUGUGUGUGUGGAAGAGACCAUGCAUGGAGAGAUACUGCAAGUGGAAGAGUGGAAAUGCAUGUACGCCCCCAAGCCCAAAGUCAUGCAGGCUUGCAACUUGUACGAUUGCCCAAAAUGGGUAGCUUUGGAAUGGUCUCAGUGCACUGUGACCUGUGGCCACGGUUUGCGUUACCGAGUGGUGCUGUGUAUCGACCAUCAUGGGCAGCACACGGGAGGUUGCAAUCCUCAACUCAAACUGCACAUCAAGGAAGAGUGCAUUGUGUCUGUCCCUUGUUACAAGCCCAGAGAGAAAAACCCUGUUGAAGCAAAGGUCCCCUGGUCUAAGCAAGCACAUGAAAUGGAGGAGUCGAGGACCCUCUCAGAAGAACCCACGUUUGUCCCUGAGCCGUGGUCCCCUUGCAGUGCUUCUUGUGGUCCCGGUGUUCAGGUACGUGAAGUGAAGUGCCGUAUUUAUCUCGCAUUUACUCAGACUGAGGUGGAGCUGCCUGAUGAAGAGUGUGAGGAGCCCAAACCACCGACUGAGCGCAGCUGCCAUCUGGAGUUAUGCGACGGGGACCCUGCACCUCCCAGCCUGGGAUUUUCACACUCUGAAGAAGCCGACGUCGUCGGUGACUGGGAGUAUGUUGGUUUCACUCCGUGUUCAGCUACUUGCGAUGGAGGAACUCAAGAAGCCAUUGCCAUGUGCAUACACGAGCAAACAAAGCAAGCGGUAAAUGACUCCCUGUGUGACCCAUCCAAGAAGCCCCCUGCAAUGACUCGCAUUUGCAAUACCAGAGUCUGCCCCCCAAGGUGGCAGGUGGGCCCCUGGACACGGUGCUCGGCCACUUGUGGGGUGGGCAUACAGACGAGGAAUGUUCGGUGCCAGCCACCCAGAGGAGCUGCUGCGGGGCCUGAAAACUGCAAAGAUGGGAAGCCACAUGAUUUGCAAGCUUGCAACCAGGUUGAUUGCCCCCCUGUUUGGCACGUUGAGGACUGGCAACAGUGUUCCCACACGUGCGGCAGAGGCGCCCAGUCCCGCAAAGUGAGUUGCAGGCAGCUUUUGAUGGAUGGAAGCUCUCUAGAACUCCCCGGUGACAGAUGCCGUGAGCCCAGGUUGCCUGUUCACAAACCGUGUGCAAAAACUGACUGCCCUCCACAACUGGUAGUGGGAGAAUGGUCACGGUGUUCCGUCAGCUGUGGUGUCGGCCGUCAGCAAAGGAAAGCCACCUGCCGACAGCUCACUGCCAAAGGCCAACAGGUUGCAUUAAAUGGAUCAAUGUGUAGUGGUCUCCCAGUACCCUUGCUUGUAAGGCCUUGCCACAUGACCCCUUGUGACAGAAUGAGUCAAGAGAUAAAACCCAAGUUUUUGGGGAAAUAUGCUUUGCGUGGGCCACAGAUUCUCAGCAUCCACAGAGUCUACAUACAGACCAGGCAAGAGAAGCGUGUGAACUUCACAAUUGGGAGCCGGGCUUACCUACUUCCAAAGACAUCCGUGGUCAUUAAGUGCCCUGUGCGGAGGUUCCAGAAGUCACUUAUCCAGUGGGAGAAAGAUGGGCAGCGCCUCCAGCUCUCCAAGCGGCUUGGCGUUACCAAGUCAGGAUCGCUCAAGAUACACAGCUUGGAGGCUUUGGAUAUUGGAGUUUACAAAUGCAUUGCAGGCUUGGCCCAAGAGACGUUUGUUCUCAAGCUAAUUGGCACGGACAACAGGCUGAUAGAACCACCUUCAUUUAGGAAACACCUGGGGGAGAACAGUGGCUCAGAACACAACGAAGCCAACGGCUUUGGAGCCAAGUGGCAUAAGAUGAGCCAGAUGUGGCAGCUGUGGAACCAGAAGAGCGAACAGUACCUGGGUGACAGGCAGGUGAAUGACCAGCCACUCCUACGCCAUCUUGAGACUCGGACGAGAAAUUUGGGAGAAGGAUUCGGUUCUCAUGAAUUUAGAAACAAGCGCCUGGAGGCCGGGCUGCUCCCUGGUGCUUUCAGCAUGGAUACAGUCCAUUUUGAGGAGCUGAUAAAGAAUUUGAGUCACCUGGUCGAGGCUGGAGAAGUCAACGAUGACUUGGCUUCCCAGCUCAUUUAUCAACUGAUGGCUGAAUUAUCCAAGCCACCACCUGCUGCUUCUGACAGGUUGAAGGAGACGCAAGAUGAAAAGCUACCUGUGAAGAAACCUGCCAAAUUGCCAAGUUUAUCAGAUAAUCUCAGCACCAAACCCCAGGAUGGUGUGAUGAGAAGCCAAAAGGCCCCAGUUAUUGUAAGGCAAAAAGAAGUGUCUGAGGUUUAUUCAAACAAAAUAGUGACGGUACGCAUUGGGAGUACAGUUAUCUUGACGAGGGACGCUCGUAUAAUAAAUCUGCUUUGUGAAACUUUCAGAGCUGGUGACUUUCAGUAUAACUGGACCAAAGAUGGAGUGGAGUUGAAGUCCUUUGACAUAGUGGUUUUGGCAGCCAGUGACAAGAUCCAAAUUUUGAAUCCCACCAAGAAGGAAAUGGGUGUGUAUCGUUGCAUGGUGGAAAAUGACUUCGGUUUUGAUGUGGAAACUUCAACAUUGUUAUAUGCAGAAGCUCCUACAAUAUUGUCUUCUGCACUGAACAUAACCCAUUUGGAGCUUUCAAAUGUCUCUGUGACUGUUGGUGGGACCAUCCUGGCCAGGAAAGGAGCCAACGUUCUUCUGGAAUGCCCAGUGAAAGGUGUUCCCCAACCAGAUGUUGCUUGGUUUAAGAAUGGGAGUUCCAUAAAAAGUCCUUUUUUUACAGUAGUGAAUGGGUCUUUACUCUUAAGGAACAUUUCAUCUGAGGAUUCUGGAACGUACACCUGCACAGCCACCAAUGCUGUGGGAAAAGCUGCAGCCAAAACUGCUCUUCGACUGGCUGGUGAAAGACUUCAAGAGCCUCCAAAAUCUGGCAGCAGCAGGAAAAGGCGUGUCAUGGCAUCUUGGACUGGCACAAAUGUUAGUGUGGUACCUGGUGAUCUUUUACAGAUAGGCUGUCCUGUACAUCCCAGUACGAAGAAUACCAUUUACUGGUCCUUUAAAAAUGAACCCGUUGGCAAAAUUCUAGGCUUCAGUCACGGAACUGUGGUUGAGGGACGUCUCCUAGAGGUGAACAUCAUCUCCGAUCGACUUGCCGGACAGUACAGAUGUUGGACUUCAUCGAGUGUCAAGCCAUUGUCUGUUUGGGUAAAUGUCCAGAAGGAAGCAGAACAUAGGUGGGAGCUGGGCGAGUGGAGUCCUUGUUCUUCGUCUUGUGGGAACUCAGGAACCCGGGUCCGAAGGCUGCUGUGUGUGGACCUGAAGGAGCAAAGGGUGAACAAGUCACUGUGUAAAGACAGUCAGAAACCAGCCUUGAAUUAUCAGUCUUGCAACAUCCGUGACUGUCCCGCCAGGUGGGCAACAAGUGCCUGGUCCAAAUGCUCUGGUUCAUGUGACCGUGGAUUUCACCAUCAGCAAAGAAUUUGCAAGCAAGUCAAGGCCAGUGGUGUUGUCAUGACGGUGCCUCCAAGUGCUUGUUCACACAGAGAGCGUCCGAUGGAAAGGAAACCAUGUGCUGGACAUUCGUGUCCACGAUGGAUAAUUCAUUCAUGGGGUCAGUGUGCUGGACGCUGCGUCGGCCAUGGUGUGGGCUCGCAGCACCGUCUUGUCCGGUGUCAACAUCAGAAUGGAUCGGCGGCUUCGUCCUCGUUCUGUGAUGAAGGAAAAAGACCACCAGUUAGAAGAAACUGCUCCACAGAGAAAUGUGAUGUGUUUUGGCGGACGGGUCCCUGGCGACCUUGCAGCGUGGACUGUGGAAGCGGGUUCCAGUCACGACGCGUUGACUGCAUCCACAGGAGAAGUAAGAGACCUGUAGCGGAUCAGUACUGUGCCUGGAGAAAGAGACCGCUGACCUGGCAGCACUGCAAUGUCACGUCCUGCGACAAAGGUGAGUGCAAGGAUACUACUCACUAUUGUACAUUUGUAAAGCACCUAAAACUGUGCUUGAUAGAAGUCUACAAACAGAGGUGCUGUCAAUCAUGCGGAGAAGGCUUUUCUUCUAUGGGAAGUUCGUGAUACUAUGAUGAAGAUAUCACAAGAAGAGAAUUCGGCUCUCAAUCUGGAGUGCUUUGGAUCGUAAAGACAGAGGAGUAGUCUAAAUUGACUAAAAAGAGAACAUAGGAAUAUUCCAGACUGGAUAUGUAUUUUUCAUCUGGUUUCUCCCUCGUUCUUGAAACUGAAGCGGAAAUGGAUGUUGAAAAAAGAAUGUCACUACACCUUAUCUAUGGAACAUUACAAUUUUAACAACAUUGGGAGGAAAACUCAUUGGCUGCGAAGCUCUCGCAAAAUACUCCGGAUCGUAUCGAGCCAGUCAUAUUUUAGUUUACACAACUUUUUACAGAAUUUUGGAAUGUAGUGACCAAUCUGCUUUGCUUGUUACCUUCCUGGUUUAGAUCCAUCUUUAGACAAUACUGAAAACAAGUAGAAAUUGACAACUGUGGUUUAAGAAGAUUUGCCAAUAGCAGCAUUUCCUUAAUGUCUGACAAAACGCAGUGUUAUUGCAGAUUACGUUUUGUGACGAUUAGUUGUCAGGUAGCGUCCUAAUUCAUUUUUGUUCCUUCACCUAAGUGCCUGCACAAAAGCCAGUGUGUGCACCUUUUUAAUCAAACCUGCCACUGCCUGUUUUUCAAUCAAUCACUGUUUUUCAAUCAAUGAGGUGACAUUUUAGGGAGAGGUACCCAUGGCGUCUGCUUCAAUCUCACUGGAAUCUGAUCAAAGCUGGGGCAUGAUUAGUCUAUUAUGAAUCUACAUGGGAGCUUAGCAUGAAGGUUUUAUGUUUUGAGAACUGUUCUCUUCUACUCAGUCAUAUGGGAAAUGAGAGCCGAUCUCUGGCCAAAUGCUUCUGUCAGGCUGGAUUGCCCUUGAAGAAACGGCCUAUACUUUCCCAGUCACUGGAAAGUUUGAAAAACAAAACAGAAAGAGUUGUUAUACAUUGAGAAAGACAUGUGUUAAGUAUCAGCUUCAACCGGGUUUCAUUUCUCUCGACUAGCAUGCAUUUAGAAUUAUUGCAUGCCAGUAAAUCCUCAGAAAGACAGACCUGAAGUAGCAGUUUUUUCCUCUUACAAAUUAUGUGUGUGAUUCCGGGGCGGGGGGGGAAGGGGGAAGGGGGAGGAAGGCAGUUGGGCUUUUGAGAAAUGAAAACCAUGCAAAAUAGGAAAUAAAUGUGCCAAGAUUUGGGAUAAUGGCAUGCUAUUCUGAAUGUUCCAUCUCCGAAAGUUAUGGAAAACUGCAACGAAAAUUUACCGGGGGUCGGAAGGAUUAUAAAGUAGCAAGAGGACCAGCCGGAAAAUUGUGGACAGUGAGAGAGACAUUUUUUGCUUGUAAUUCUAGAACUGGGGCAGGAUGGGGUAAUCCAGUGAUAAUGGCAGUCGGUUCAGGACAGAUUAAAAAAAAACACAGCACAACAUAUAAUUAACUUAUGGAGUUUACUGCCAGAUGAUACAAUGAUAGCAAUUGGCUUGGAUAGCUUUAAAAGGGGAUUAGGCAAAUUCAUGGAAGGCAAAGCCAUCAACUGCUGUAAGCUAUAAGCCAUGAUAGAUCAGUGGAAACUCCACAUCCAGAGGUAAUAUGCUCCCAAUUACCAGAUGCCAAAGACCGCGAGUAAGUUGCCUUAUUUAUGGGCUUUCCAAAGGCAUCUGGGAUGGUGAACUCUCCUGUUGCUGAGACAAUAGCCAAGGAAACUGAUUGUUUUCAUUUGCAAGCGUGAGCACUUGUGCAAAUGCCAGAAGAUACGUAGAGUCUGUUCAGCGGGACCUUAUAGUAAUUGUUCGGCAUCAAAGGUUUUGUUUUCUGUACUGUCUCUAUUAGAUCGAUACAUGGGGCAGUUCUGCCUCGCUGACUGUUAAUCUAGCGCUACUGGAAAACAAGCCUGUAUUGGGGUUAAUUGAGUCCUCCACUGAUGUGUACAGAAGAGAUAUAUUUAAUCGUGAUCUAAUCAAUGAUUAGACUUUUGAGGCAGUUUGCAGUUAUUGCAGUUCAGUGGUAAAACUUUUCUUGGACUGUACCACUUCAUUGACUAUUUUGGAGGGAAAACCAGUGGUGGGAUCCAAAAAUUUUAGUAACAGGUUCCCAUGGUGGUGGGAUUCAAACUGUGGCGUAGCGCCAA